AUGAAGUCUGGGAGUGAAGAGGAAUCAGAAAAUCUCAGAUCUGAUUCCAGCUUCUUUGAAGCAGAGAGUUUCCACUCUCAAUACAGAGUUUUAAACACCAUCGGCCAUGGAGGCUGCGCCACAGUCAAGCUGGCCAAGCACCGCCUCACAGGCACUCCUGUGGCUGUUAAAAUGAUUGACAAGCAAAAGCACAGGCACCAUCCCGUCACAUCGGAGGUUGACAUUAUGACCAGGCUCAGUCAUCCCAACAUCAUCUCCCUCCAACAAGUCAUCCAGACUGAGAAGACUAUAUACCUCGUGAUGGAGUUGUCCAAGGGGGAAUCGCUGUACGAUUACAUCCAUCAUGCUGGCCCCCUGCAGGAGGAUGAAGCACGAACAAUAUUUAAACAAAUAUUGAGUGCUAUAAGCUACUGUCAUGACCUGGGUAUCAUCCAUCGAGACCUGAAACCUGGGAAUAUAAUGAUAGAUAGGAAAGGUGCAAUCAAACUUAUCGACUUUGGGCUCAGCACCCUAGUGAAUCCGGGGCAAAAGCUGAACUUUCACUGUGGGACUUUGCCAUAUGCUCCUCCUGAGAUGGUCCUUGGGAGACUCUAUGAUGGCCCCAAGGUGGAUAUAUGGGCUCUUGGAGUGGCUCUGUAUUAUAUGACUGCUGGCAGAGUGCCAUUUGAUGCCGUGAAGGUCCCAGAGCUGCGGAGACAGAUAUUGUCAGGGCAGUAUCCUGUCCCAUCUGGCAUAUCAAUAGAACUCGAUGACCUGAUUAGUAUUUUACUGUCGGCCAAUCCAAAGCAUAGGCCGACGGUUGCAGAAGUGAUGUUGCAUCCCUGGCUGACAGAGGAUUCAGAGGGAUUCCCAGAUCCUUGUCAGGAACUGUUCCACCUCAAGCCUGACCCAGCAAUUAUAAAAGCCAUGGGACACCUAGGGUUCAAAGCCCAAGAAAUAAAAGAGUCUUUAUUGGAGAGAAAAUACAACGAAGCUAUGGCCACUUAUUACUUCCUGCGAAGACAGGCCCUGCAGGAGUUUGGCAUCCCAACCCAUGCCCAGCCCAUGAAUCCCUUAAUGACGCCCUUCCCUUCCCUUCAUGAUCCUGAUUCUUUCCAAGUGGGACGAAGGAGAGAAAGCGAAUCCACAUUAUGCUUGACCUCCUCCACGAGUGAAGGCUCUGUCUCUGGCCAGAAGGCUCUUCAGGGAAGACAGAGGAGAGGCAGUUGGCCUGGCAUUCCUCCAGGUAGGACCCUGCAGACCACACCCACAACGAACCAAGCUGACAGCCAUUCUACCAGUGUCCCUUACGUGACCGGCAGCUCCAAUUUGACCAGAGAUGACAACCCCAGUGCCUCAGCAAAGGACAAGACUGUCCCAAGCAGGAGACACAGAGGCUUUAAGUGGUGGAGAAAGAAGAUAAGGUCCCAGUUUGCAGUAGCUGCGGGCAGUUACAGAAUGGUGCCUGGAGUGUGGGUCCAGAUACAAGAAGAUCUCCUGAGGGUCCGGCCCACUGAGAAGCCCCAGCUAGACCUUCGAGGACAUCUCCGAGUGGCAGUGAGCUUGGCAUGGCGGCAAGAAUGGCGGCCACCUGAAGGCCAGGGCUGGGUCUUCGGGGCUUCUGAGGCUUGA